AUGCGCAGAUGCCUUCUGCUCACUGUCCAGGCUCAGAUACUCAGCAAAAGUAGUGAUGUGGACUCUGCAGUGUUCCUGGCUGUGGGAGCUACUCUGGGAAGGUCUGUUGACAGCGAUACUGGCAUAGUGUUAAACAUGGCUUCUGAGGCUGCUCAGCAUUUCCUUCAGCCACUGUCUUCUUGGAUGUCUCAAAUAUAUGAAGCUAUCCAACAAGCAGGGGACUCUAUAUCUGCUUCACUGCUGAAUUUGAGUGGAGUGGGUCGUAAGUCAGAAGAGGAAAGGAACCAGGACUUGGAGAAUAAUGGAGGAGUUUAUGAGGAUUAUUCUGUGGAAUCAGAUGAUGAACAACACCUGGACCUCUGGGAUGCAGAAUAUUUAUAUCCUAGUGGUCACAUUGAGGAUCCUAAUCUUGCUUCAGAAGACCUCCUUUGUGGCUCUGACAUGGGUCUGCAGAGGCAAAAAAGACUUAAAAAUACCAACAGGUUACCAGACCAGCACAUUGAAAGCACCAGGUCUUUGACAGCAGAUGGGUCCUACUGGAUGAAUGAAGAUCUCCAGCCACUCGAUCAACUUCCUCCCAUUGCUGAGGAAGAAGGUGAGCCCUCUAUGAAGAUGGGAGGUCACAAGCUCAACCUCAGCUUGCAUGGCUCCUUAAAAAGUAAUAAUGGCAAGGCAAGUUUUACAGAUCUGGAUGGACUAAGCCAACUGAGUUACCAAGACAACCUAUCCUGUUGUGAAGAUGACUGUGUAUCUGUUGACUCAAGAACAACAGCUGAGAGUAGGGGUGCUGGGCAGCAUAACGGGCCUAGGAUGGAGACUGGCAUUGCUGAUGGUGUUAGCCAACAAGCCACAGAAGGACCUUUGGAAAUGGAGACAGCAUUUACCAACCAGGGAUUUGAAUUAAAUGAUGCUACUGACAGCUCAUCAGCUUGGAGCCCUGAGGAACAUAAUGAAGUGAACAGUAUACCAGCUCAUCAUAGUGCUCAUGAGCCCAUUUGCAAAUGUGGUGAUCUAGAUGUCAUCUUCAACUAUAAAGCUUCAAGUCAAAAGCUAGUAAUUACUAUUUUGGAGGCCAGGGAUAUCCCAGACAAAGACCGCAGUGGUGUGAACACCUGGCAAGUGCACGCAGUCCUGAUGCCUAGCAAAAAGCAGAGAGGUAAAACGAGUGUUCAGAGAGGACCCAUCCCCACGUUCAAGGAUAAAAUUACCUUCAGUAAGCUGGAGCCAGAGGAGUUAAGCAGCCAUGCCAUUCGUUUCCGCCUCUAUGCAGUCCACAAGAUUAUUGGAGAGAAGAUGAUGGGAGAGCAAUUAUUUUACCUAAGCAACAUCAGCCAGGAAGGAGAAGUGAAGUUGACAAUUGUCUUGGAGCCGAGGAGUAACUUGAGUAGUGCAGACUCUCAGCUCAGUCUGUCAGCAAUCUCUCACAGUGAUAGCGCUUCUUCAACACAGUCCCUGUCGCAUGGAGGGGUGCCAGAGCUGCUCGUGGGAUUGUCGUACAAUGCCACUACGGGGCGGCUGUCAGUGGAGAUGAUCAAAGGCAGUCACUUCCGAAACCUCGCAAUUAAUAGGCCUCCCGAUACCUAUGGAAAACUCUGCCUGCUCGACUCUGUGGGUCAGGAGAUAUCUCGCUGCAAGACCUCCAUCCGUCGAGGACAGCCCAACCCUGUCUACAAGGAAACGUUCAUCUUCCAGGUUGCUCUCUUCCAGCUCUCUGAUGUCACACUGAUGAUUUCCAUAUACAACAGACGCAGCAUGAAGCGCAAGGAGAUGGUUGGUUGGAUUUCUAUGGGUCAGAACAGCAGCGGAGAGGAAGAGCAAAGUCAUUGGCAGGAAAUGAAGGAAUCAAAGGGUAUACAGGUCUGCCGGUGGCACACACUCCUGGAGUCCUAG